AUGCUGCGGCGGAUCGCGUCCCGGUGCGCCCGGGGCCUGGGGGCCGGCGGGGGCGCACAUCCUGCCGUGGGGCUCUGCCACCCCGGCCGCAGCUCCAGCAGCCGGUCCUCCGAUGCGCCCCGGAACCAGCCCCCCAGCUCCGAGUUCGUGGCGCGGCCGGUGGGCGUCUGCUCCAUGAUGCGGCUGCCGGUGCAGGCCUCCCCCGAGGGGCUGGACGCCGCCUUCGUCGGGGUGCCGCUGGACAUUGGGACCUCCAACCGGCCCGGGGCGAGAUUUGGACCUCGGCGGAUCCGGGAAGAAUCAGUGAUGCUUCGGACAGCAAACCCUAGCAUGGGGGCCCUCCCCUUCCAGUCCCUCAUGGUUGCAGACCUAGGCGAUGUGAACGUCAAUCUUUACAACCUUACGGACAGCUGCCGUCUAAUUCGAGAGGCCUAUCAGAAAAUUGUAGCAGCUGGCUGUAUUCCCCUCACCUUGG